AUGCGUCUUUUUUCUCCCAUAUUGGUCGCGUCGACCUUGAUCCCUCUUAUCUCCGCCGUCCCCGCUGGUUCAAGCAUCACCCCACCGCCACCGCUGCUGCCUUCCCACCUCACUCAUUCCAACCCACGCCCAUGGGGUCGACUCCGCGACUGGGUAAUUGGCUCGAUAUGGGAUAUUGAUCACAAACGUUGCUCUUCAAAACAUUCGUCGCCACCGUCAAACAUUCACGAUCGGUAUGGCAGUGAUGUCGUCCUCCGCUUUCAUUUGCGCCAGCCGGGUGAGGCAGAAGCAUUGGCUUCCGCCUCGCAAGUGCUGUUUUUGGACAUUUGGGCCAUAACCUCCAAGUUCGUAGAUAUUAGACUUGCAGAUGACAUGAUCCCUUCCUUGUUGGACCUACUACCUUUAACACUCCGCACCUCCUACACCCCCCUCAUGGACAACCUCGCCGACGAGAUAUACGCUUCUUACCCUUCACGUCACCGUGCCAACUCAGACUUCAGAUCAGGGAUUGCAUCGGCUGAACUGAAGACGAUAUCGAACGGCGACUUAUUCUUCCAAGAAUACCAGCCGCUCUCCGUCAUUACGCAAUGGAUGCGCUUGAUGGCAUCAAUGUUCUCCUCUCACGUACAGAUGACCAGCGUGGGAGUCUCCUACGAAGGUCGCGAUAUCCCCGCAUUGCGACUUGGCACCUCUCCCGACACCGAAACCAGAUCGGGCCCUCGCAAGACAAUCGUCAUCGUCGGCGGUACUCACGCCAGGGAAUGGAUCAGUACCUCCACGGUAACAUAUGUCGCAUACAGCCUCAUCACGCAUUACGGCUAUUCACCCGCAGUAACACGGCUGCUGCACGAGUACGACUGGGUUUUAAUCCCAACCCUCAAUCCCGACGGAUACGUCUACUCAUGGGAGUCAGACCGUCUGUGGCGCAAGAACCGCCAGCCAACUGGUCUUCCAUUGUGCCCGGGCGUUGAUCUAGACCGCGCCUGGGACUACGAGUGGGACGGCGAGUCGACUCGCUCGAACCCGUGUUCAGAGAACUACGCUGGCGCAGAACCAUUCGAAGCACUCGAAUCGCAUCGUCUGGCGCAGUGGGCUCAAAAUGAGACCGCGCAUGGCCGCGCUGAGAUCGUAGGCUUCGUCGACUUACACUCCUACUCCCAGCAGAUUCUAUACCCUUACUCAUACUCCUGCUCGGCCGUGCCCCCCACCCUCGAGAGCCUUGAGGAGCUAGCGUUGGGUCUGUCCAAGGCAAUCCGUCAGACUUCCCAUGAAUCGUAUGACGUUACCUCGGCGUGCGAGGGGGUUCUCACUAAUGGGAUGUCAUCGGGCGGCAGCGCGUUGGAUUGGUUCUACCAUAAGCUGCACGCCAAGUUCUCGUACCAGAUCAAACUCCGCGACCGCGGUAGUUACGGGUUCCUUUUGCCUUCGGAGCACAUUGUCCCAACGGGCAAGGAGAUUUUCCAUGCUUUGUUGACAUUCGGUAAGUUUGUCUGGGGUGAGGAGGCGUUGGAUAUCAGUUUUGAGGACUUGAUGGGCGAUCAGAUACCUCUAGCCGACGGCCGGUAG